AUGCGCGGACGAUUCGGUCACCACUCAGGUGCUUUACAACAUGGGUAUGUUUCAGGAGCUGGCUUCAAGUACUAUCGGCGCGUGCUAAUUAUUCUUGGUAACACUCCGGUCUCGAGCGUUAUCCCCGCCCGGGCCAUGGGUGGUUCGACCUCCCAUCUUGAGGAAUACCAGUUCCCCGCAUUCGGGAAAAAAGACAAUCCGCCAUUUGAAUGCAUUCCGUUCGUUGGUAAUUUCAGCUGA